AUAACGGUAAAGCCUCUUUGCUCUAACUUCCGUCCUGUUGGCCUCAUCAGGCGGUGACUCGAGCUCUCUUGGGAACAUGUCUCUGGCCCUGAACACCAGCGUCGCCCAGGUGAUGCGUCACAAGAUCUGGGAGGUGGUGUGCAACGACCGGUUCCAAAUCAACAACCUGCUCGACGACAAGUACGAGCCUCGAGAGCGCCACGUCAUCGUGAGGGAGGCCUGCAGGAUGGUGGGCUCGGUGCUGAAGUACAGCGUCGUCUCUCUGAACUGUGAGCACUUUGCCACCCAGCUGCGCUACGGCCGGCCGGAGUCUCGACAGCAUAAAGACCAGGUCACUGAAGCGUCGACCCAGAGACUAUAGCAGAGCGCACGUCGACUGUACAAUUCACAAGAAAUUAAACUCAGCCUUUGCAGCUUUAUUGCAUGAAUCAUCACCUGGGAGUUCCUGAAACACAAGUCCAA